CCACGUCUGGCCUGCAAACCGGAAGUGAGGAAGGGUAGCAGCCGCCGGUGGCAGCGUGCAAGAUGGUGUCCACCAGGAGAGGAGUUCGUGUGAGCUCUCCAGCGAAAACAAACCCCGACCAGUCGACCGACGUCCCGGCCACUCCUUCUGGUCGGAGAACAAGGAGCACAGUUAGACAUGCAGAAAGUCCUACCCAUCAUGCCCUGGUGGAGACCAGCAGCCAGCUUGAGAAAAGUGAGAGUGGACCUCCUGUAUCUCCACCGACUUCCUCAGUGAAAAGAUGCACCAGAGCUUCCAGACUCCACAGUCCAGAGCAGCCCUGUACACCAGUGGGAUCAACCCAUGAGGCAGACAUGUCCGACCUGGAGUCCGGCUGCUCCGUGCUGUCUGACACAGAACCACCAGCGACACGCAGCAGAGGCAAGAGGAGACCGGCCUGUGCCGUGAGUCAGGAAGAUGAGGAGAUAUCUGAGGUGGAGUCGUGCUCCUCUGCAGUAUCUGCAUUUAAAGCUAGCCAAGUUAGUCGCCGCAGCACAAGGAGGAAGACGGCACCUGAAUGUUCCGACCCAGCUCCUGUUGCCGCAGGAGAAGUCAAAGUUGACCUGGUGCUGGAGAACGAGUCCUGCAGCUCUGUCGCGUCUGAAUCCAAGAGAGUCACCAGAAGUCAGAGAAAAACUGCUCGCACCAGAUCAGCUGCUAAACGAGACACUGAGGACUCGGAGGCCUCGGAUGCUGACAGCUGCGCAUCCAGUGUCUCAACAGCUGAAGUUUCUAGGACCACCACCCGCAGAGCCACAAAAUCCAGAAUGUCAGCACAUCACAUCCCCUUUGACCUAGACGAGGCCUCGGACCACUCUCAUUCCCCUGCUCCGAGAGGUCGACAGACCAGGGCAGCAAGAGGAAAGGCAAUAGCCACUGUAGACGCAAGAGAGUCCCUGUCCCCCGACUCUGAAGGGUUUGAGUCCGGGCCCACUUACAGUAUGACCACUCGUAGAAGGGGCAAGAGCCAGUCCACAGGUCCCAAAGCUUUGGACUCUGACUCUGACAGAGGAACUCCCUGCAGCAGCCGCACAGGCUCAGGGAACAGCAGUCGAGGUGUUAGGGUAACUAGACACGCUGUAAAAGAGCUCUGUGUUGUUCUAGAAAAGGCCAAAGAGAUGAUUGAAGAGGACAGUUCACUAAAUGACUCUAGGUUAGAAAGCACACUGAUCACUGAGGACGCAGACUGCACACUGUUAGAGGAACAUAUGAACCAAACAUUGGAAGAAAAAGAAGCUGAUCUCACAUCAAAUGAAGCCAAUGCAAAAAUAGUGGAAAGGGGAGAAGAUGUUAGUGAGCCUGCAGUGAUGGCCAAAGACCAGCAGGAGGAGCUGUCUGCUGAAAAUAAAGACAAGGACGCCUCAGAGGUAGAAACGAUGCAGGAAAUGAUCCAGUCAUCAACGCCGUUAAAGCCUUGCCAAUCAGUUACAGUAACAAUAUGUGAGGAGGCUUCUGGAGCCACGGAGGAGAAGGGCCAAACCAUGGACGAAGCUGACGUGGACGCCCACUCAUCACAGGGAGAAAAGGCUGCGGGUGAGGAUACAUCUGAAGAAACGAGGCCCAGUGUGGAGGAGGAAAUGGAAGUCAGCACACCACUGAACACAGACACUCAGCAGGUGGUUGACUCCAGGGAGGUCCAAGUCGAGUCCAUUCAGGUAACAUCGAGCCAGCAGCACACGAUCACGGUGGAGUCUAACUCUGAGCAGCAACCGAAAGACGUCACCGUCCGGAAAACAAAAGUCCUCAGCCUGCUGGAGAGCAGCGAUGAUGAAGAUGCUGAAGCGGAGAAUGAAGUUUCUGGAGAGGAGGAGGAGGAUUUAGGAUGCAUGGAAGAGGAGGAGAGAGGAGGACCUUCUACGAUGUCAGAAGCAGCUGCUGCAUCAGUUGAAGGACUGUUUAUGAUCGACACGCGGCCCGGACAAGAGGUUGACGAACAUUACUUCAAGGAAAGGCCAACUGAGCAGGGGGAGGAAGAUGAGGAGUUUGUGGACGAGGAAGGGGAUGAUGAUGCUGACGACGACGAAGAUGCAAAUAUCCUCUUCUCAAGUCGAAAUCCUCAGCUGAAAGAUUUGUCCAGCCGCAUUGACCCAGGCAUCAGAGUGAAGGAGCUCGGGGGCUUAUACAUCAAUUUUGGUGACGGCAAAUCAAAACCGGUCUCCAGUUCACUGAAAAAACUAAAGGAAAAGAAGAUGCAGGAUGAGGUGAUGAGGAAGAGUGUGAUCGGACCAGACUUUGAAAAGAUGGAUGCGGUGCCUCCAUACAGUGAAUCCAAACAAGCCUUAAAACUCAAACACAGAGCAGAGAGGGAGAAAUCCACAGGAGAUGGUUGGUUUAAUAUGAAAGCCCCUGAGCUCUCUCAGGAGCUUAAAGGAGACCUCCAAGUCCUGAAGAUGAGAGGCUCCAUGGACCCAAAGAGGUUCUACAAGAAGAACGACAGAGAUGGCUUUCCCAAGUAUUUUCAGGUUGGUACGGUGGUGGACAGUCCGGUCGACUUUUAUCAUUCCCGUGUUCCCAAGAAAGGGAGGAAGAGAACGAUGGUGGGGGAGCUGCUGGCUGACGCUGAGUUUAGACAGAAAAACAAAAAGAAAUUCCAGCAAAUUGUGACAGAGAGAGCAGCGCAGGGAGCCGGCAAGAGGAACAGGAAGAAGAGUAAAUUCCACAAGAAGUGAAUCUAAAGACUUUUUAGUGGAUUUUCUUGGAUCAACUCCAGCUCCGCUACAGGAGGUGAGAUGUGGUCGAUGACGGGAGCAUCAGUUAUAUUUUUGAACUGAAAUGCGAAGCUUUACUGAAUCCUUCUCAUCCAUGACCCUUCAUCUCUAAACAUGGAUUGAGGUUGUGUCUACAUAAACUGACUCAAUGACAAAAGAUGUUUCAAGUCGAUAGGAUUCAGAAAGUGUGAUAUUAAAAACAGUCAGAACUUUUACUGUCAGCAGUAAAUAUGGUGCAGGCUUCUAUUUACAACUGAAACAGAUAUUUAAUUAAAUUGACCUGUGUUUUCCAAGCAUUAUGCAACGUAGUAAUCAUUGUCAUUCAAAAAGAACAUGCUUAUAACAUUAAAACAUUUUGUUUUGACUGGAA